CCUGUUUUGUCACUUGUUAUUGUAGUCUGCGGAGGGCACAUGAGAAGGUUUUCCUCUGCAACUUCAAGGUUUACUCCAUCACUCAAAAACCUCACUAAAACCCCCCAAAAUGCAACAAUUUUGUACCGGAGCGAAUCCAAAAAUAGCAUUCCAGCUUCUUCAAGAGGUAACUCUCCAGUUAAUCAUCAUUACAUUUCUCAGAUUCUUUCAAGAAACGACUGGUUUGUUCUGCUAAACCACGAGUUAAAAGCCAAGAGGAUAAGUUUAAAUCCUCAGUUUGUAGUAAGUCUCCUACAAAAUCAAGAAAACCCAUUAUACCCUUUGAGAUUUUAUAUCUGGGUUUCUAAAAUUGACCCCUUAUUCGCUAAGAAUCAAUCGGUUAAGGGUGUUUUGGCUACUGCUCUUUAUCAAAAAGGUCCGGUUUUGUUAUCUGUUGAAUUGGUUAAAGAUGUUAGGAAUUCAGAUCUUAGUGUAAAUGAAGAUUUGCUUUGUCUUUUGAUUGGUAGUUGGGGAAGAUUAGGUUUAGCUAAGUAUUGUUCUGAGAUAUUUGGGCAGAUUUCAUUUUUGGGGAUUAGUCCUAGCACAAGAUUGUAUAAUGCCGUGAUUGAUGCAUUAAUAAAAUCCAAUUCACUUGAUUUAGCUUAUUUGAAAUUCCAACAAAUGCCAGCCGAUAACUGUAAACCAGACAGGUUUACAUACAAUAUUCUCAUUCAUGGCGUUUGUAGAACUGGUGUCAUGGAUGAGGCUCUUCGGUUAGUCAAGCAGAUGGAAGGGUUGGGAUAUUCGCGGAAUGUGUAUACCUAUACGAUCUUAAUUGAUGGCUUCUGUAAUGCUAGGAGGGUGGAUGAUGCAUUUAGACUUGUGGAGACAAUGAAGAGGAGCAAUGUGUUUCCUAAUGAAGCCACCGUGAGAUCAUUGAUUCAUGGGGUGUUUCAUUGUGUGGCUCCACGCAAGGCAUUUGAGUUGUUGAUAAUGUUUUUAGAGAAGGAACCUAUGAUACAGAAAUUGGCAUGCGAUACUCUACUGUUUUGUCUUACAAAUAACCAUAUGGCAAGAGAAGCUGCAUUAUUUAUGAAGAAACUUUCAGGGAGAGGCUAUAUGCCUGAUAAUUCAACUUUUAAUCUUACGAUGACAUUUUUGAUAAAGGAAUUCGAUCUUGAUGAGACAUGUCAGAUUUUGGAUAGUUUUAUCGAGCGAGGUUUGAAACUAGGAUUUAAUACUUAUCUUGCACUAAUUCAAGCCUUGUACAGUGUAGGACAAUGUGUUGAGGGUGAUCGGUAUUUUGACCAGAUGAGUAAGGAUGGGUUGUUAUCAACUGUUUUUUCGUAUAACAUGGUGAUUGAUUGCUUCUGCAAAGCCAGUAUGAUGGACAGGGCAAGAAUGACUUUUAGAGAGAUGUGCCUUAGAGGUAUAGCUCCUACUCUUGUUACUUUCAAUACCCUUAUUGGUGGGCAUUGCAAGAUUGGACAGGUACAUGAGGCUAGAAAAUUUCUGGUAAUGCUUUUAGAAUCUGGUUUUGAUCCGGAUAUUGUCACAUUUAGUUCCAUAAUUGAUGGGCUUUGUCGAGCACACAUGAUUGAGGAUGCUUUUGAUUGUUUUGCUGAAAUGUUCCAGUGGGAUGUCACUCCAAAUGAUGUUACAUACAAUAUAUUGAUUCGUUCUUUGUGUGUAAUUGGGGAUGUUGCUAGAGCAAUGAAACUUGUAAGAAAAAUGCAAGCCACCGGAAUAAGUGCUGAUAUUUUUUCUUUCAAUGCCCUCAUUCAAAGUUUUUGUAGAAUGAAGAAGAUUGGGAAAGCAAAAGAGCUUUUUGUCACCUUGCUGACAUUGGGCUUGGAUCCUGACAAUUAUACCUAUGGCGCUUUAAUUAAGGCGUUGUGUGAAUCAGAAAGAUUUGAUGAAGCUAUACAGAUGUUUCAUUCGAUGGAAGCUAAAGGGUGUAUUCCUGAUUCUUAUACACGCAAUUUAGUUUUGGAGUCUCUAGUUCAGAAGGGUUACUUGGAAGAGGCUCGGGAUAUUAUAAAACGAUGCAAUCAGAGGGGUACUAAAUUGAAAUCGAUUCCUGGGCUGUAGGAUGCUAUUUUUACUGGUUUCUGUAU